UGUCCAAAACUCAGUUUCACGUUGUCAAAAUGCCCACCCAAGCUUCGCCCCCCGUAAAAGUCUGGUGCGACGGCUGCUACGACCUGAUGCACUUCGGCCACGCUAAUUCGCUCCGCCAGGCCAAACUCCUGGGAGACCUCCUCGUGGUAGGCGUCCACAGCGACGAGGAGAUCGCCCGUCACAAAGGCCCCCCUGUGUUCACCUUCGACGAGCGUUGCAAACUCAUCUCUGCCAUUCGAUGGGUGGACCAGGUGGUGGAGUGCUCGCCCUACGUCACCUCCCUGAAGACGCUCGACGAGUACGAGUGCGACUUUUGCUGCCACGGCGACGACAUCACUCUCACCGCCGACGGCAACGACACUUACAAGGAGAUCAAGGCGGAGGGCCGGUACAGAGAGGUCCAGCGCACUCCGGGGAUCUCCACGACAGGUCUCGUGGGCCGCAUCCUGGGGAAUCGCACCACGGCGAGGUCCCCGUGGACCGGGGCGAGCUUCCACCUUAGCACGCGAAAAAUCGUCGAAUUCUCCGGAGGAAAAGCAAGGAAAGUUGGCGAUAAAGUGGUUUACGUGACCGGGGGAUUCGACUUGUUCCACGUGGGGCAUGUGCAGUUUCUGGAGAAGGCGGCCGAGUUGGGGGAUUAUGUGAUCGUGGGGCUGUACUCGGAUGAGGUCGUGAGGGGGUACAAAGGGCCGGAUUACCCCGUUAUGAGGAUGCAUGAGAGGUUAUUGGGCGUAUUGGCGUGUAAAUACGUCUCGGAAGUGGUGAUAGAUGCUCCGUUUCACGUUACGGAAGAUUUGAUAAAUAAUUUUAAAAUUGAUUUGGUGGUGAGUGGAAGAGUUCCAUUCGGGGAUGGGGGAGACGACCCCUUUAAUUACCCCAAACAACUCGGUAUUUUCGUACAAGUCAAUUCCGAGAGCGAUGUCACUACCGAAACUAUAAUCGAGAGAAUCAGAAGAAAUAAAUUUCUAUACAACGAGAGGAACGAGAGGAAGGAACAGAGAGAAAUCGAUUUGAUUAACGAGAUGGAGAAGCACUCGUGAAUUUUACAUUUUUACUGGUUUUACACGAAUUCGAAUUUUAUUUAUAGCUAACUAGUUUAUACAUUUUACGUUUGUAUUUUAAACCCCUUCAAUAUAAAUUUUAAUGAAGCAA